CCAUACACUCGUACAACCUACUUUUCGCCACUUUGGAGAGCCAAGGGAAGAGGCGGCCUUGGCGUACCGCAGGCACGGGUGCAGCACCGGCGAGGCGCACUCUGGCGCAGGCGCAUCGCGGCCCCGGCCUGGCGGCGCGCGGAUGCGGCCCUGGACGGUCGGCACUAGAGCGUCGGCCACGUGCGUGCGUCUCCAGCGGCGCGGACGCCGGCCACGGCGGCCCCAGGCCAUGGCAGCGUGGGCCUCGGCGACCUAGCGCGCGCAAGGACAGCGGGAUGCCCGACCGGCCGCGGGCUGCUGGCCGCGAGCGCGACCCCCAGCGUGGGUCCUCAGCACGGUCGGAUCCGCUCCGCCCUGGCAGCGCGCAAGCGCUGGGAGCGGCUUGACGUGGGCUGGAUCCGCGCCCUGGCGGCGUGCAGGCGCUUGGAAGCCCUGGCGGGCAGGGGCGCUCGGCCUCCUGAGCGCGGAGACCCGACGCGGCCGAACCUGGCUCGACGCGGGCGCGGCAACGCGACCUGGCCGCGGGCACGACACUAGCGCGCAGUCCUUGGCGGAUCCGGUCAGGCGCACGACGCGGAGGCGCUCUCGGAUGGCGUGACUUUGGUUGGCUACGGGCACUAGCGCGGGCUCGGCUAGCACUCCGGCCAGGCGUAGCCCCGGCCAUGACAGCGUUUCGGCACGGGAGCCACGACGCGUGCAGGCACGCUCCAGCGCAGGUGAGAGCCGGAUGCGCGCCUCCGACGUGGGUAGCCGCGGCCACACGGGCGCGCAGGCAGGCCACCCACACAGCCUCGCGGGCGCGCAGGCAAGCCACAGCCUAGUGGGCGUGCCGGCCCCGGCAGCCCCAGCCUCGCGCGAGCACCCCGCAGCCUCGCGGGCGGGCGGCCCAGCCUCGGUGCAGGCUAGCAAAGGCGCAGGCCGGCGCCCCCUGGCGAGGCCUAGCCCGGAAGAAACGGCUCCUGCGUGCGCAGGCGUACUCGACGGGCAAGCAGUUUCCUGGUGGCGGCGGCGCUAGACGGAAAGGAAGGCGAUUAAAAUCCCUAAACCACCUUGACUUGUAAUCGAUGGGCCACCUCGCCUACAUGGGCUGACUCGGCCAAAAUAGGCCACGAGCGUCUUUCUUAUUUUGUUUAUUUUAUUUUCUGCAGAUUUACGUAUUGAACUCUCUAUUUGUUCAAUCACAAUUUCUAACUCUAUUUUAGUAU